AUGGGCAUACCACAUUUGACGCAUUCGCUGUCACCUUAUGGUGAUAAAGUGGUUCUGCCGCAACAUCCAGCAAACCACGAAAACGCCAUCAUCGAUGGUCCCAGCCUAGCAUACCAUGUCUUCUAUGUGUGCAUAGCCCGUAGAACAAGCGCUAGAAAUGCUCUCGAAGCGACUCCGACAUAUCAAGAACUAGGCCAGGCCGCUGUAAACUGGCUCGAGCAAAUCGAGCAAUACGGACUAAAGAUUAAAACUGUCUUCUUCGAUGGCCUGUUGCCGUUGUCUAAGCAAAGCACUAGGUUGUCUAGAUUGCAGAGCUAUGCGAAUCAGCUUGUCACUUUUAAAGCGCUGAACAAGGAAGACUUGCCUGCACGUAUGGACAAUGUAAAGUCUUCAAAGUCUGAUGUCUUGAGUGCGGUCGUCUCUUCAAAUCGGCUCAAGGCUCUUCCCGCCCCGCCAUUCUUGGUUCCUGCAGUCAUCGAAAUGCUUCUUGAAAGCCGUUUCAGCUCUCUUGUCUCGGUCAUUCCUGGUGAGGCGGAUGCAUACUGUGCAGACGCUGCCAGAAAACAUGGCGGUGUCAUCUUUACCAGUGAUUCGGAUCUCUUGGUCCACGAUCUAGGAGAAUAUGGAAAGGUGAUACUCUUCCGAGACCUCGAAACCAUUCACCUACCAAGCAGGGGAAAAUGUCUAAAGACUCAGGAGUACCAUCCAGCUGCCAUCGCAAAGCGGUUCGAACUCCAAAAUCUGGUCAAAUUGGCAUUCUUUAUGUCCCAAGACCACCACAAGAGUCUUACUGAGAACAUUAGACUCGCAGCCAAGAACACACCAAUGUCUGCUGGAUUUGCAGAGUUUGCAGAGGAAUACGGAUCUCUGCCUAAACUGUCAAAACUGGCUAUGGCAGGAAGCAUGAACGAAACGAACACAGCUGGAGCGCUUGCCCGUCUGGAUCCAAGGAUAUCUGAGAUUAUCCAUUUGGUUCGUGUAAAGGAGGCUCAAGAAGCGCCCUCAGCCCUGCAGGACUCUGAGAAUCUCAAUAUGUAUCUUCCAUUCAUUAUCGAUGAUCCGACGAGAACAUCUGCAUGGCGAUCUGGUGUCUCUGUCCGUGCUCAGGCUUACUCAUUGUUGCGUGUCCUGAACUCGAGCGUCACACAAGUUACCGAGUUCGAGCGAAAGGGCACUCGCGUGGCAGGGACGGUAGUUGAAUUAGACUCCACAACCAGCCCGAGUACGAUGUUAGAAGACUGCUUGAAAGCUUUACAGCAAGAUCUAGCACAACAUUCAUCACUAUCCCGCGCGGCCAGAUGGCGUGCUGUGGCAGUGAAACUUGUCUGUCAGUCGAAUCUGGAUAACGACAAGCCUCCACCACUUAGCAGCGAUAUCAGCAGACUUGUCACAGGGUCACGAGAGGGCGCUCUAACUUGGUCAUUCAUCCACGCGAGCGGUCAAAUGCAGGCAUCUCUCUAUUCGCUCAGGAUGCUAUUCCAAAUAUCCACCAUCGUACACAAUCUUCUCGAAGGCACUAGUCAUGAAAUUCUACCGCCGUUACAGAACCUCAUCACUUUGCUGCAAGAUCUGCCCAGCCUUCGAGAACUUCUCGAUGAAAAGACACCAAUGAUUGAUGGCGAGGCUGAAGCUGCUAGAGCGGCUAUCUUGAGCACAUUGCAGAGUCUAGGUAUAACUCAAGAUACCACAGAAACGUCGACAAAGAAGAAAAAGAAAAGAAAGAAGAAGGGCGAGCAUACGGGUGAUCGUACACCUCCUGGUGUGGCAUGGAGUGCCAACAACAUGUUCAGCAAUCUUGUACAGAAAGAUUGA